AUGGAUGACAAAACAUUCACCUCGAUCCUGCAGCCUUCUACUACCUUCGAUCUUAGACAGUCACCGAUUGCUACAAAAUCAUUCACCAAUUCAUCAACCUCCACUCCUACACAAUCAACUCAAUCCAUCAAACCAAUCUUUCCAACCUCUCGACCCAUGAAUAUGGAACGUAAGAAUCAACUCAAUAUUACAAAUACUCUUAUGUCACCACCAGAAGCACUUCCUCUCGACAACUUCACACACACGAGCCAGAGAUUUGCAAUGGAUUCCAAGAUGCGAAGACCACACCCAAUCGUCGGUGCGACGUUUCCCAUAUCGCCACCUGUGUCUCCAGAGACAAAACCUAGGUCACCAGAAGAGCCCGCUGGUUCACAAGCAAUUACCGAUCCAAUUCUCUACCCACUUUCCGACAAUCAAGGCAUGUCUGCCACUCAACCAUCCCUCUUCGACGUUAAUGACAAUGCCCUCGUCAAACACCGAGUAGUUGAUGGCCAUGUUGCAGCUAGGAAAGCUAGUAUGUUUCGAGAAGCCUCCCCUCCACGCCGCGACGAGUACGAGCUCGCCCUCGAAUUCAAAUCACAAGUUGUAAAGAUCAUGUCAAAGGAUCCUGCACUCUGGCUACGAAGGGAGAUGUUUUAUCUAAGGGAAGAUCGGGAACAACAAUCUGGCACAAGACGGUGGACAAACAUUGCCCCUGCAGUCGGCAGAGGCACUAGGGUUUUAGGCAACACUGCCACAAGAGUCACAAAGACAGUGCGCCCCCCGAGACCUACUCAGACACCUCGUGGAGUUCGCACAGUACCAUCGGGAACUCCUGGCCCUGAUAUCAAGAGAGUUGCUCGAGAGGAUAAAGAUUUCGAGAACCUCCCAGAUUACUGUCCACCAAUCACCAGCCUUCCUAACAAAACCAACUCACUGAAGGUUGAUUGGAAGGGAGCUCCAAUUGAUCUCCGAAAUGACUCGAAUGUACACCUUCUCCAUCCCGAUGAGGUUUCCCUGGCAGCCAAUCUCCGCCUCGACUGUGCGACUUAUCUUACUUCCAAACGACGAAUCUUUAUUAAGCGAAUUGAGGCAUUGAAAGUCGGCAAGGAGUUCAGAAAGACCGAUGCCCAACAAGCUUGUAAGAUUGAUGUCAACAAGGCUAGUAAACUCUGGCAAGCAUUUGACAAAGUCGGCUGGCUUAAUCCGACUUGGGUCAAGAAGUAUGCCUAG